CAAAAUAAAAUGGACGUUGAAGCUAGAAAUAGAUAUUGCGGUCUCUUGAUGUUCACAUCUUCGACAGAUGCAAAAACUGGUAGCAUCAUAGUAAACGACUAUGAUACACCAUCUUUUAAUUUCGUAGACUCAGAACCUGAUGCGUCCUCUAUCGCCGCAGGCGCCGCAGCACCCGACGAAAAUGAAAGUGGAAAAAAAUCUCCUAAAUCACAACAAGAAAAACGUCCACCUCGUCCCCCAAAUGCCUUCAUUUUAUAUAGAAGAGAAAAACAACCCGCUAUUUUGGCCGCUCAUCGUCAUCUUACUAAUGCUCAAAUUUCGAGAUAUAUCGCAGAUUUAUGGAGAAGUGAAUCUAAUGAAACACGUUUACACUGGGAACGAGAGGCCGAUAAGACUAAAUUAGAACAUAUGAAAGCAUAUCCAAAUUACGUUUAUCGACCAAAUAAGAAAGGAAAAAACGAUAAAAAACGUAGAGAACGACGAAAAUCUUCAAAUACUAUACUUUCUACAAAUUCUGUAGAAACCGGUCCAAUUAAAGUAAAAAUAAACAAAGGACAAAAUCGAACCAACUUUUUGAGCGGAACAAAUAUUACUAAAGUUUCUAAUAAUAAUAAUUAUCAAAGUACGAUACCAAUUUCUGCG